GAAACGUCUAAAAUAAUAGACUUGUCCUCUGAGAGCAGGCUGAACUUCAAGGAGUCUAAAACAACGUCUCUUCACGCCUUUCACAAGGAGCAAAGCCCCUCCCUCUGGGUAGGAGCAUCAUUUCUCCCGCAUUCCUAGGGGUACCUCCCAGCCAACGUUCUGGCGGUAAGGAUGGAAAACACCCUUCCCUGAGGUCUCCAGAGCUCUGAGAACAAUAUUACCCGGAAGAGCCUAGGCACAGAGACACCAGGCAUGAACCAAUGAGGGAUCAGGGUGAGGGCUUUCCCCGAGUGAGCAUGCGUCACGGGCGGGACUUCCGACAUCCUGUCCUGGCGAUCAUUUUGCUUGGUGGGGGGUCCGGCGGAGCAGGGAACUGUGCUCGGAUACUGUUGUCCUCUGUCGGGGGUGGUUGUCCUCACGGAGUAGUGAGGGAGUAAGGGGACACCGCCUAGCCAGCCAAGUCGCGCUUAUUUUGGCGUCUCUCCCGUUGGCUCGCUGGUCGGGAACGGGAAGAUCCGAGAGGAGGCUGUGUCCCCGCUGCACAGAGGCGUGUCAGGUUCGGCGAUGCAGCCCGGGGUGCCGCGCGCCAGACCCGUGAUAAGGACCGCCGUUCCCGGUCCUCUGAGACCACAGAAUCCGAUGGCGGCGGCGCUGAGGGACCCGCCUCAGGGUGGUGUGACCUUUCCGGAUGUUGCUGUGCGCUUCUCCUGGGGGGAGUGGAGGCUUCUUGAUGAGGCUCAGAGACGCCUGUACCUCAGUGUGAUGCUGGAGAGCUACGAACUUAUAUCCUCGCUGGGUUGCUGCUGUGGAGCAGAAAGUGAGGAGACAACCUGUGAAGAAACUGUUGCUGUAGGAGUGUCACAGGCUGGGUCUCCUAAGGCAGCUCCAUUUUCCCAGAAGACACACCCCUGUGAGAUGUGUGGUCCAGUCUUGAGAGAUAUUUUCCAGUUGGCCGAGCAUCAGGGAACACAACACAGCCAUAAACUGUUGAGAUGUGGGGCAUGUGCAACAAAAUUUUAUAUGCCUUUGAAUAACAUUGUACACAGGGCUUCAUUUUUCAGGAGCCACAGAUUCCAAGUGUCACAGAAGCCUCUUACUUCUAGGAAAAUCCUGGCCAGCAUGGGACAUCUGCGGCAACAGGCCACUCAUACUGUGGAGAAGCCAAGCAAAAUCACCCAGUGUGGGUCAACUUCACAAGGCAGGAAAAAUCAUCACACCUGGAGAGAAUGCAAGAAAGCCCUCAGCCCCAAACACACACUUGUUCAGGACCGGUGUGUCUACACUGAAAGACAGUGUUUUGUGUGCAGUGAAUGUGGGAAAACAUUCAGGUACAAAUCCACAUUUGUUAUGCACCUGAGAGUCCACACUAGAGAAAGGCUUCAUGUGUUUAGCAGAAGUGACAAAUCCUUUAGACAAAGCUCAACCAUCAGUCAACAUCAAAAAAUUUAUACUGGCUCAGGACAGGACAAGUGCAGCAAAUGUGGGAAAUCCUUAACUCACAAGUGUGUCGUCAUUUAUCCCCAGAGAUUGCACAGUGGAGAAAACAGUUCUGUGUGCAGUGACUGUGCAAAGUCUUUUUCCCAUAGCUCUGUGUUCAUUCGACAUAAGAGAGUUUUUUCUGGAGAAAGGUUUUAUAAGUGUAGUGACUGUGUGAAAUCUUUUACCUGUAGGUCUGCCCUCAUUUAUCAUCAGAGAUCUCACACAGGAGAAAGGCCUUAUGAGUGCAGUGAAUGUGGGAAGUCCUUUACCACUAAUGGCACCCUCCGUUCUCAUCAGAGAUCUCACACAGGAGAAAGGCCUUAUAAAUGCAGUGAAUGUGGGAAGUCUUUUACAUCUACCAAUGCUUUCCAAUAUCAUCAGAGAGUUCAUUCUGGAGAAAGGCCUUAUGAGUGCAGUGAAUGUGGCAAAUCUUUUAUGUCUAGGUCUGCAUUCAUUUCUCAUCAUAGAUAUCACACAGGAGAAAGGCCUUAUGAGUGCAAUGAAUGUGAGAAAUCUUUUUUCUCUAGGCCUGCCCUCAGAUAUCAUCAGAAAUCUCACACAGGAGAAAGACCUUAUGAGUGCAACGAAUGUGGGAGAUCUUUUACCACUAAUUCUAACUUCCAUUAUCAUCAAAGAGUUCACACUGGAGAAAGGCCUUAUGAGUGCAGUGAAUGUGGGAAAUCUUUUACCAGUACCUCUAACCUCCAUUAUCAUCAAAGCACUCACACUGGAGAAAGGCCUUAUGAGUGCAGUGAAUGUGGGAAAUCUUUUAUUACUCCUGCUAUUCUUCGUUACCAUCAGAGAAUUCAUUCUAGUGAAUGGCCUUAUACGUGCAGUGAAUGUGGGAAAUCUUUUACCUCUAAAUCCAACUUUUGUUAUCAUCAGGGGGUUCAUUCUGGAAAAAGGCCUUAUAUGAGGUGCAGCAAAUGCGUGAAAUCCUUUACCAGUAUCAGUGCCCUCCGUUAUCAUCAGAGAGUUCAUUCUGGAGAGAGGCCUCAUGAGUGCAGUGACUGUGGGAAAUCUUUUAUGUCUAGGUCUGCCCUCAGAUGUCAUCAGAGAUCACACACAGGAGAAAGGCCUUAUAAGUGCAGUGAAUGUGGGAAGGCUUUUAAAACUAGCUCCAACCUCCGUUAUCAUCAGAGAGUUCACACAGGAGAAAGGCCUUAUGAGUGCAGGGAAUGUGGGAAAUCCUUUACCUCUAUCAAUGAUCUGUGUAAUCAUUAUAGAUUUCAUUCUGGAGAAAAGCCUUAUAAGUGUAGCAAAUGUGGGAAAUCCUUUAUCCUUAGGAAUAGCUUCAUUCAACACCAGAGAAUUCACACAGGAGAAAGUCUUUAUGGAUGUAGUGAGUGUGGGAAAUCUUUUCAGAGUAAGUGUAGGCUUAUUGAACACCAGAGUAUUCACACAGGAGAAAGGCCUUACAAAUGCACCAAAUGUGGGAAAUCUUAUACCACUAAUUACCUCUUCCGUGUUCAUCAGAGAAAUCACACUGGAGAGAAGCCUUAUCAGUGCAGUGAAUGUGGGAAAUCUUAUACCGCUAGCUCCACCCUCCGUUAUCAUCAUAGAAUUCAUACUGGAGAAAGGCCUUACAAAUGCACCAAAUGUGGGAAAUCUUAUACCACUAAUUACCUCCUCCGUGGACAUCUGAGAAGUCACACUGGAGAGAAGCCUUAUCAGUGCAGUGAAUGUUGGAAAUCCUUUACCAGCAACUCUAGCCUUCGUUAUCAUCGUAGAAAUCAUACUGGAGAAAGGCCUUACAAAUGCACCAAAUGUGGGAAAUCUUAUACCACUAAUUACCUCCUCCGUGCACAUCUGAGAAGUCACACUGGAGAGAAGCCUUAUCAGUGCAGUGAAUGUUGGAAAUCCUUUACCAGCAACUCUAGCUUUCAUUAUCAUCGUAGAAUUCAUACUGGAGAAAGGCCUUACAAAUGCACCAAAUGUGGGAAAUCUUUUAUUACUAAUUACCUCUUCCGUGUUCAUCAGAGAAGUCACACUGGAGAGAAGCCUUAUCAGUGCAGUGAAUGUGGGAAAUCUUAUACCACUAGCUCCACCCUCCGUUAUCAUCGUAGAAUUCAUACUGGAGAAAGGCCUUACAAAUGCACCAAAUGUGGGAAAUCUUUUAUUACUAAUUACCUCCUCCGUGCACAUCUGAGAAGUCACACUGGAGAGAAGCCUUAUCAGUGCAGUGAAUGUUGGAAAUCCUUUGCCAGCAGCUCUAGCCUUCGUUAUCAUCAGAGUGCUCACAGUGGAGAAAGGCCUUAUGAGUGCAGUGAUUGUGGGAAAUCAUUUGUCCAAAGAAAUAUCCUCAUUAUACACCAGAGAGCUCACACUGGAGAAAGGCCUUAUAAGUGCACUGAAUGUGGUAAAUCUUUUACUCGUAGCUCCAACCUCUAUUAUCAUCAGAGAAUUCACAGUGGAGAAAGGCCUUUUAAGUGCAGUGAAUGUGGGAAAUCUUUUAUUAACGCCUCCAAACUGCAUUGUCAUGAGAGAGGUCACACUGGAGAAAGGCCUUAAGAGUGCACUAAAUGUGGGAAAUCUUUUAUGAGCAAAUCCUUCUGAUGAUUGGAGAGUUUACAUGAGAGAAAGGCAUAGAAGUACAGGGAAUGUGCAAUUUCCUUGUUCAGUAUAGGGGCAGUGGAGAAAACUGAGGGGCCAUUGGUCUGAAUUGAAUCUCACCUCAAGUGCUUCUGAGGGCAUGAAUUUUUUUCCCUUAUUCAAAUUAGAGAUUAUAGGGUAUUGAGGCACUGUUGAAGGGCGUGUAUUCCCCAAGUCUACAGAGAACUAUAUUUCCGACCAUUGGGUCUGGGGGAAACCAUAAUUGGUGCAGAAACUCCAGUUUAAUAGGGAGUGGAGGACAUUGCAGCCAACUGGAUGGAAUGUGCCUCUUCUAAAAGUGUAUCCAGAUUCUGUGACAUUGACUGUGCAGGAUCAGUUUAUACACUGAUUCUAGUGAAUUUUACUUCAAGGUCCUUACUGCAGAGGCAGGAAAGAAAGAGAAAAGGGGAUGUGGCUCUUGUGAUCUAGGCAGCAUGCCUGUUGACUCAGGUAGAAAUGUACUUCAUUGCUCUCCAUAUUUGCUACCACUGAGGGAAGACUGAUCCCCAGAGGGCACAAGGAGAGAGUUGGUGGAUUCAGUAUACGGUUGCCAAACCUAUUUUCCAAAAAGAGUGAGAAAUACAGAUUUUUUCAUCUUGAGACAAUUUUUAAAGCUAUAUUAAAGUAUAAUUCACAUGUACUAAACUGCAUAUGUUUGAAGUAUUACAAGUUAAUAAGUUUUCACCUAGGUAUGAACCUCAAAACCAUCACCAGAGUUCUGAUAAUGCCCAUAUUUUCCUCAUGUCCUAUUAUUAUCUCUCCUUGCCCUUCCCACCUCUCCAGGUAAUCAUUGAUGUACUUUCCCUUAGAAUAGAUACCUUUGCAUUUUUUUGAAUUUAUCUGAUUGGAAUCAACUGUUUACUGGGUUUUUCUUCUGAAUUCCUUUGUUUCAUAAUUAUUUGAGAUUCAUCAGUGAUAUAAACAAAUAGCUCAUCUCUUUAUUUUUUGAUGAGUAGCAUUUUUAUCUGGAUGUACCAUUGUUAGUUUACCCAUUCAUCUUUUUAUGGGCAUUUAGGUUAUUUCUAGGUUUUCACUCUUGAAAAUAAAGCUGCUACAAACAUUU